AUGGUGGCCACCUGUCUGCUGUCAGGCACCGAGUCUGCUGAUGACAGAGAUAACGUCAUCCUUGACGUGGAUGUGAAGCCACCCCCUGACAAAGCUCUCCCGCAGGACAUAGCAAAGGCAUGUGUACGAGGAUCAUAUCAAGGUUUAGAUGUCUGUGCCACGUGCCAUGAACACGCUACAUGCCAGGAAAGAGAUGGGAAGAGGAUCUGUAUUUGCAACUAUGGGUUCGUGGGCAAUGGGAGGACACAGUGCAUUGAUAAAAAUGAGUGCCAGUUUGGAGCCACUCUGGUCUGUGGGAACCACACAUCUUGCCACAACACACCCGGAGGCUUCUAUUGCAUUUGCCUGGAAGGAUAUCGAGCCACAAACAACAAGAAGACAUUCAUUCCCAAUGAUGGCACCUUUUGUACAGACAUAGAUGAGUGUGAAGUUUCUGGCCUGUGCAGGCAUGGAGGACGAUGUGCAAACACUCAUGGGAGCUUUGAAUGCUACUGUAUGGAUGGAUACUUGCCGAAGAAUGGGCCUGAGCCUUUUCACCCGACCAGAGAUGCCACGUCAUGCGCAGAAAUAGACUGUGGCACCCCUCCUGAGGUCCCAGAUGGCUAUAUUGUAGGAAAUUAUACUUCCAGGCUGGGCAGCCAGGUUCAUUACACUUGCAAAGAAGGAUUUUUCAGUGUCCCAGAAGACACAAUUUCAAGCUGUACAGCCCUGGGCACAUGGGAGUCCCCAGAAUUAUACUGCCAAGAGAUUGACUGUGGCAGCCCUCCACAAGUGCGACAUGCUGUCUUGGUAGGGAAUCACAGCUCUAGCCUGGGCGGCAUGGCUCACUAUGUCUGUCAAGAGGGCUUUGAGAGCCCUGGAGGAAAGAUUACUUCUGUUUGCACAGAGAAAGGCACCUGGAAAGAAAGCACUUUAACAUGCACAGAAAUAAUGACAGAAAUUAAUGAUGUAUCAGUGUUUAAUAACACCUGUGUAAGGUGGCAAACAAACUCAGGAAGAAUAAAUUCCAAGAUCGUAUAUGUGAUACACAUCAAAGGACAACGGUUGGAUCCUAUGGCAUCAGUUCAUGAGGAGACAGUCAACUUGACCACAGACAGCAGGACUCCAGCAGUGUGCCUAGACCUGUACCGAGGCACCAACUACACCAUGAGCAUUUCCACUGCCCCUCCCAGGCACUCUGUGUCAGCCAUCCUUGGUUUCCAGACAGCUGGAGAUGAUCUCUUUGAAGAUGAUGGAAUUUUCAAUAUUUCAAUAUUUAAUGAAACUUGUUUGAAAUUGAACAGGCAUUCAAUGAAAGUUGGAUCAGAACAAAUGUACCAAUUUAAAGUUCUGGGUCAAAGGUGGUAUCUGGAUAACUUUUAUCAUGUAAUAUCAUUUAACUUCACAACGAGGGAACAAACUCCGGUAGUGUGUUUGGAUCUGUAUCCGACGACUGAUUAUACAGUGAAUGUCACUCAACUGGGAUCUCCUGGGCAGCACUCCGUAGAAGUAACCAUAACAACUGCACCAGCAGUGAAACAGACCAUCAGUAACAUUUCAUUGUUUAAUGAAACCUGCUUGAGAUGGAGAAGUGUGAAGACAGCUGAUAUAGAGGAGAUGUAUUUAUUCCACAUUUGGGGCCAGAGAUGGUAUCAGAAGGAAUUCGUCCAGGAAAUGGUCUUUAAUAUCACUACUGGCAGCCAGGCUUCUGAGAUGUGCUUGGACCUGCACCCGGGUACCAACUACAAGGUCAGCCUCCAGGCUUUGUCUUCUGAACUUCCUGUGGUCGUCUCCCUGACAACCCAGAUAACAGAGCCUCCCCUUCCAGAAGUAGACUUUAUUACAGUGCACGGAGGGCCUCUACCUCGACUCAGACUGAAGAAAGCCAAGGAGGAAAAUGGGCCUAUCAGUUCAUAUCAGGUGCUAGUGCUUCCCCUGGCCCUCCAAAGCACAUUUUCUUGUGAUUCUGAAGGGGCUACCUCAUUCUUUAGCAACAUCUCGUAUGCUGAAGGAUAUGUGGCUGCAGAACUACUGGCCAAAGAUGUUCCGGAUGAUGCCAUGGAGAUAUCGAUUGGAGACAGGCUAUACUAUGGGAAAUAUUAUAAUGCACCCUUGAAAACAGGGAAUGAUUACUGCAUUAUAUUACGAAUCACAAGUGAAUGGAAUAAGAUGAGAAGAUGCUCCUGUGCAGUGUGGGCUCAGGUGAAAGAUUCGUCACUCACGCUGCAGCAGAUGGUGGGUGUCGGACUGGGCUCCGUGGCCGUUGUGAUCGUUCUCGCAUUCCUCUCCUUCUCAGCAGUGUGGUAUGUGAGACUGUCAUUUUUGAGAAAUGAGUGGAAUGGAGGGGAGGAUGGGGAUGGAGUCGUGAAGAACAGCUGGGCAUGA